GUCCCAAACCGUGCAGCUGUUACACGUGCGCAGGGGGAAACACGCGCAGUGUGUCCAAGGUCUAAUGCUGAUCUAAACUUCGCACUUGGGUCGUUUCCUCCAUCUUUAAAACAUUCCUGUAGAUGCUUUCCACGAAGCACAGGACAUGGGAAAAGCUGACUGUCACCAUUUCCUCGCGCGCGUCCUGUGCGUCCUGCUUCUAAUAAUUCUACUUUUUAACAGGCCUACGAUUUGCUCCAGCAGACAAGAGCAUGAAGAGCAGCAGUGGCCAUGCGGAGAUGGAAACCUGCGCUUUGCCUCUUAUUAUGAGGAUCAUAUGGUGCUACAGAAGUCUCCAGAGAGGGCCCUGCUGUGGGGCUGUGGUCCACUGGGGGAACAGGUCACUGUUUAUGUCCAGGGUCCAAAUACUCAGCAAACACUGGCCACUGUCUCAGAUGAAUCUGGGAUGUGGCGAGUGAUGCUUGCCCCCGUUGAAGCUGGAGGCCCGUACAACAUCACAGCUGCUUUGACCAACCUCCAAAACACCUACGUCACUUUGGUGGAUGUCCUGUUUGGAGAUGUGUGGCUGUGCAGUGGCCAAAGCAAUAUGUUCUUUAAAGUAUUAGGGUUAGUCAAUGCAUCGGGUGAGCUGGCCCUAGCAUCCAAAUAUCCACAUGUGAGGUUUUUUAUGGUAGGCUUGGUUCAGAAGGACACUGAGCUGCUUGACUUGACUAAAGUCGAUAUUUCUUGGUCUGUGCCCAAUGAAAAGAAUUUGGCUUCCUUUUCUGCUUUGUGCUGGCUGUUUGGCCGUUACCUGUACAACACGUUACAGUACCCCAUCGGUCUGGUCGAGUCCAGCUGGGGCGGCACCCCCGUGGAGGCUUGGUCUUCACACAGUGCGCUGCGGAAGUGUGGUCUCGAUAACCCAGAUGAAAAUUCUACUGGUCCUAUUUCAAAUUCAGUCUUGUGGAACGCAAUGAUUCACCCAUUGCUUAAUUUGACCAUCAAAGGAGCAAUCUGGUAUCAAGGAGAAUCAAAUGCAGACUAUCACAGAGACUUGUACAACUGCACUUUCCCUGCCAUGAUCGAUAGCUGGAGGAUGGGUUUCCACGAGGGCUCAGGGGGUCAGACAGCAAUCCAGUUUCCUUUUGGAUUUGUACAAUUGAGUACAUAUAAACGCCACUCUACUGAUGAUGGUUUUCCUGAAAUACGCUGGCACCAAACCGCCGACUACGGCUUUGUCCCAAACCCGAGGAUGAUGAACACUUUUAUGGCUGUGGCUAUGGAUUUGCCUGAUGAAACAUCUCCCUAUGGAACGAUCCAUCCACGGUAUAAGGAGGAUGUUGCAUACAGACUAACACUUGGUGCAAAAGCUCUGGCUUAUAAUUAUUCUCUGACUUUUCACGGUCCUUUCCCUGAUCAUAUUUUGCCCCAAAAACUGUAUGUGAACCUUACGUUUGAUCAGCAGCUCUCAGUCACACCAUCUACAGACAUCUUUGAGAUAUGCUGCUCUGCCAGUAUCUCAUGUGGACCACGGGCCAACUGGGUGUCCGCUCCCAUUAUAACGUGGGACCAAACAACAAUACAGUUAUCUACAGAGUCAUGUCCAGAUCAAGUGGCUGCUGUUCGAUAUGCGUGGACAGACUGGCCCUGCGACUUUAAGGCUUGUCCAGUUUACGGCUCCAAUACCUCUCUACCUGCUCCACCUUUUGUUAUUAGCCUUCAACAAUCAUUUGGAUGGAAAAGAAACGUUGCAACUAAUCGUUACUUCAACACUGAUGGGCAAAAAGUACAUGAUGGUGUGUUGUAGAAAUAAUUAUACCUAGAAAUCAUGUUCUAUAAAAAGAAUGGAAAUAAAAUAAUGGAAAACAAAGACAGCAGCUACACUUAUCU